GGAAGGAGCGUCCCUAGCUAAGACGGAGCGGAAGAUGGCGGCGGAAACGCUGCUGUCCAGUGUGUUGGGGUUGCUAUCGCUCGGGCUCCUGCUACCCGCGCGGCUGACGGGGGCCGUCGGGAGCCUGAAUCUGGAGGAGCUGAGCGAGAUGCGUUAUGGCAUCCAGAUCCUGCCAUUGCCUGUCAUGGGAGGGCAGGUGAGGGCUGUGGGGGCGAGGGUCCUAUGCAAGAAGAAGGGGCUCGCACACGGUGAAGGAGGAAGGGCAGCCUCUACCUCCCUGCCCCCCUUCCCGACCCUUCUUUCCCAGAGCCAAGCUUCAGACGUGGUGGUUGUGUCUUCGAAGUAUAAACAGCGCUAUGAGUGCCGCCUGCCAGCUGGAGCCAUUCACUUCCAGCGGGAAAGGGAGGAAGAGGCACCCGCUUACCAAGGGCCUGGGAUUCCUGAAUUGUUGAGCCCAAUGAGAGAUGCUCCCUGUCUGUUGAAGACCAAGGACUGGUGGACUUAUGAAUUCUGUUAUGGACGCCAUAUCCAGCAGUACCAUAUGGAAGACUCAGAGAUCAAAGGUGACGUCCUCUACCUCGGCUACUAUCAGUCAGCCUUCAACUGGGAUGAUGAAACAGCCAAGGCCUCCAAGCAGCAUCGGCUGAAACGCUACCAUAGCCAGACUUACGGCAAUGGGUCCAAGUGUGAUCUCAACGGGAGGCCCCGAGAAGCGGAAGUCCGGUUCCUUUGUGAUGAGGGUGCAGGUAUAUCUGGGGACUACAUUGAUCGAGUAGAUGAGCCCUUGUCCUGCUCCUACGUACUGACCAUUCGGACUUCUCGGCUCUGCCCCCACCCUCUCCUCCGGCCCCCAGCCAGCGCUGCUCCACAGGCCAUUCUUUGUCACCCUGCCCUGCAGCCUGAUGAGUACAUGGCCUACCUCCAGAGGCAAGCUGAGUCAAAGCAGCAUGAGGAGAAAAUCACAGAGGAGGUCCAAGACACAGACCGCCAAGUGUGGGGCGAGACCAAGUCUGCUGGAGUAACCCCAGAGAAAGGAGAUGUCAGCCCAGCCAAGGAACACAAGGAAUCUGAAUUUUGGAAGAUGCUGCAUGAGCCAGAGGAACAGGCUGCAGUAGGAGAGGAGGCACAGGCAGGGCAGGAGAACCGGAACCCUGAGGCUACAGAAGAUCCAGCUUCCAACCCUCCCAAUGAUCUUCAGAACAAUGUGCAGGUCAAAGUCAUCCGGAGCCCAGCAGACUUGAUUCGACUGAUAGAGGAACUGAAAGGUGGAACCAAAAAGGGAAAGCCAAGCACAGACCAGGAACAGCCUGGAGAUGAUACCACGGAGGCCCCUCGGAGGGAGGUGGAGCUGAAGGAAAAGGGGGAUGAACCCCAGGCUGUUUCGGAGGAAGAGGACAAUGAGGAGGAAGAGGAGGAGGAGGAGGAAGACGAGGAUGAGCGGCAGUUAUUGGGAGAGUUCGAGAAAGAGCUGGAAGGGAUGCUGCUGCCCUCAGACCGUGAGCGGCUCCGCUCGGAGGUUAAGGCCGGCAUGGAGAGGGAGCUGGAGAACAUCAUCCAGGAGGCCAUGUUCCCCAGACCAUUAACCCCCCACCCCUCCCGCCUUCUGUGGGCCUUGCAGACAGAGAAGGAACUGGACCCAGAUGGCCUGAGAAAGGAGUCGGAACGGGAGCAGGCAAUACUGGCCCUGACAGCCACUCUGGAUAAACUCAUCAAGAGGCUGCAGGAAAACCAGAGUCCAGACCUGCUGCAGAAACACAAGAAGAAGAAGACUGUCCCUCAAAAGCCUCCCCCAUCACCACCUCCUACAGAGGAGGAGCCUGAACACAGAGUCCGGGUCCGAGUCACCAAGCUCCGUCAUGGAGGCCCCAAUCAGGAUCUGACUGUCCUGGAGAUGAACCGGGAAAACCCACAGCUGAAACAGAUCGAGGGGCUGGUGAAAGAAGUGCUGGAGAGGGAGGGGCUCGCGGCGGAAGGGAAGAUUGAGAUCAAAAUUGUGAGACCUGGAGCUGAAGGUAACGAGGAGGACACACGCUGGCUAACUGAUGAAGACACGAAAAGCCUUAAGGAGAUCUUCUUCAAUAUCUUGGUGCAGGGAGCAGAAGAGGCCAAUAAAGAGCGCCAGAGACAGAAAGACCUGGAGAGCAAUUACCGACGCGUGUGGGGCUCUCCAGGCGGUGAGGACACUGGGGAUCGGGAUGAGUUUGAUUUCUGAAACCAGAGCUGCCAGGCCUUCCAAGGAUUCCAGAAUCUUCCUGACUGGCUCUGCCUCCUCCUCAUCUCCCACCUUGGGGCCCCCCGGAGGCAAAAGGGCAGGUUGGAAGCCAAGCUCUGAACUUCAGGGGUCCGGCUCAGAGAGAGUGUGGAGACCCAAUGAGGGAGAGCUGUUGCGACUCCAGAGCCACCCUAAGACCUCAGCCAGGCCUGUGGGCUCCACUUCCCCAACAUGCCUUUUCUUUGCCCCUUUGGCUUUUCCUGUCCCCUGACUUCUUACCAUGUCUUGUGAGUAGGGCAUGGUGGGAAAAGCAGGCGAGCUGGACAGUUUAUCAGACUCCAAGAAAGAGGCUCCAUCCACCCCACCUCACCCCACCCCACCCCACCUGGAUACCCUGUUGCUAUUGGGAACUGCUUGCCCCUCCCUUGGAUUUCCUCCUUCCUGUUCCCACUGUCCCUUUAUCUGUGCUUCUGAGUCAGGAGCCCUUACCUCUGUCACUGAGAGAAUAGGAGACCUUACAUACCACCUCACACACAAUUCCAGCAAAAAGGGUUGGAUAUGGAGCCACCCAUGUGCUUCAGGUUUCUGAAUAAAGAACUGGACCAUCAAUGCA